AUGUCGAGGAAGCUUAGUGUAUUGGAAUUCCUUCUGAUCAUCUUCAUCCUAAUUGUAUUGGCCGUAGAUAUCCUCUUGCUGCUUUUUGUGUUGGAGAGCCCUUCAGAUACUUCAUUUAUUCCGGAGUGCCCAGAAACCCCCGAAUCAGAAAGGAUAGACUGCACCCCUGGCCAGGCGGUGACAGAGGAAGCCUGCAGAUGGAAAUAUAAGUGCUGCUGGAAGUCUGUGCCAGAUACUGAUGUCCCCUGGUGCUUCUUCCCCAGGAACUGGGGCUAUGAAGUCAGCAAUUGGGUUACAAAUACAAGCACAGUGUACACUGCCCAGUUGAGAAGGUUGCCAUCCCCAUGUCUGUUUGGACAUGAUAUAAUCGACACCCUCUUCAGAGCUGAAUAUCAGACAUCCAAUCGUUUUCAUUUUAAGAUCACUGAUUUCAACUACAUGUGCUAUGAAGUCCCCCAUGAAAAUGUUAAGCUGUUUGAUGGGACUGCCGAUACCUCCAAUUUGAGCUAUCACAUAGAAGUCAUUCAUAAACCCUUCAGCAUCAAAAUAAUGAGGACCAGCAACAAAAGAGUCUUGUUGGACACCGGCCUCGGGCCCCUCCAGUUUGCCCAGCAGUUCCUGCAGCUCUCCAUCCGACUGCCCAGCGCCACCGUGUACGGGCUGGGAGGACACGUGCACCAGUAGCACGGGGACAACGUGGCCUGGAGGACCUGGCCCGUCUUCAGCCGGGAUGCCGCCCCCCCCACCCCCCGAGGUGAGGGCAUGAUUACUCUGUACGGAGCUCACACAUUCUUCUUGCGCCUUGAAGACACCUGUGGCUCCUCUUUCGGGGUUUUUCUGAUGAACAGUAACCCUAUGGAGGUCACCAUUCAGCCCGCUCCUGCUAUCACUUACCGCACGAUUGGGGGCAUCCUUGACUUCUACGUAUUCUUGGGAAAUACUCCAGAACAAGUGGUUCAGGAAUACCUGGAGCUUGUUGGACGACCAUUCUUGCCUCCCUACUGGAAUCUUGGGUUCCAGCUUAGUCGCAGGAAUUUUGCUGGCAUUGACGGAUUGAAAAAAGUUGUAAACCGAAAUCGUGAAGCUGAGAUCCCAUAUGUAAGGGGGUAUCCUGGAUGGACAGUUUUUCCUGAUUUCACUAAUCCAGUUAGUACUGAGUGGUGGAGAGAGCAGUUCAGUGAAUUUUAUAAAGCUCUGGAGUUUGAUGGAGUGUGGAUUGAAAUGGAUGAAGUAUCUAGCUUUUUCCAAAAUUCUGAUCAUGAGUGUGAAAUAAACAACUUGAACUUUCCUCCUUUCAUUCCUCGUAAGCGUCUGGACGGCUUGCUUUUGGCAAGAACCCUCUGCAUGGACACAGAGUUUCAAGGGGACUUUCACUAUGAUGUCCACAGCUUGUAUGGCUACACCACGGCAAGAGCCACAGACUCGGCCAUGGAGAAUAUCUUCCCCAAGAAAAGAAAAUUCAUCUUAUCCCGUUCUACUUUUGCUGGAUCUGGCAAAUAUGCUGCUCAUUGGCUGGGGGACAAUGCAGCCCGACGGGAUGAUCUCCGAUGGUCCAUCCCCAGUAUCCUGGAGUUCAGCCUAUUCGGCAUCCCCAUGGUAGGUGCCAACAUCUGUGGUUAUACAGAAAAUGUCCCAGAGGAACUCUGCAGAAGGUGGAUGCAGCUUGGAGCAUUUCAUCCACUAUCGAGGAAUCACAAUGGGCCUGAGUUCAGGGACCAGGAUCCUGCUGCCUUUAGUGAAAACAACUAUAUGCUGUUGAAUUCCUCCAGACACUAUCUGAACAUCCGCUACACCCUGCUACCCUAUCUCUACACCCUUUUCUACCGAGCUCAUACCCUGGGGGAGACUGUAGCAAGGCCCCUCUUUUCCAAGUUCUACCAGGACCCAGCUACCUUGGAGGUGCACAAGCAGUUCCUCUGGGGGCCUGGACUCCUCAUCACGCCUGUUUUAUACAAAGGUGUGGACCACACAAAAGCACAUAUACUGGCCGCCAUCUGGUGCGACUAUGAAACGGGAGUAGCCAUAGAAUGGAGGAAACAAUUUGUGGAGAUGCUGCUGCCAGGUGAUAGGAUAGGACUUCACCUGUGAGGGGGCUGCAUCUUUCCCACCCAGCAACCAAACACAACCGCAGAGACCAGUCGGAAGAAUACCACGGGACUCAUCAUUGCCUUGGACUAUAAGAGAGAAGCAAAGGGAGAGCUGUACUGGGAUGAUGGUGUCUCUAAAGAUGCUGUAACUAAAAAGAAUUAUAUUCUGUAUGAUUUUUCUGUCACCUCUAGGAACCUACUAAUUUUACUGUCUUCCUUAAUAAUGCUGCCACCUCCAUUUCAAAUGUUGUCUACACUCAUUCAACAAAGUUGGGACUCCCAGCUCCCUGGCUUCACCUUCAAUGACGUGUUCCUUUCCAUCUCCACGCGCCUCCCCUCUCAGUACCUCUAUGGCUUUGGGGAAACCGAGCACACAACUUUCAGAGGAAACAUAAGCUGGAACAUGUGGGGAAUGUUUGCCUGAGAUGAGCCACCAGCGUACAAGAAGAAUUCCUAUGGUGUCCACCCCUACUACCUGGCACUGGAGGAGGAUGGCAAUGACCAUGGAGUGCUCCUGCUGAACAGUAAUGCCAUGGAUGUGGCAUUCCAGCCUACUCCUGCCUUGACAUACCACACCACAGGAGGGAUUUUGGACUUUUAUAUGGUUUGGGGGCCAACCCCUGAGCUUGUGACUCAGCAAUACACGGAGUUGAUUGGUUGGCCAGCAAUGAUUCCCUACUGGGCCCUGGGAUUCCAGCUGAGUCGCUAUGGAUACCAGAAUGAUGCUGAAAUCUCCAAUUUGUAUAAUGCAAUGAUGGCAGCUCAGAUUCCCUACCAUGUCCAGCAUGUAGACAUUGAUUACAUGGACCGGAAGCUGGACUUCACCCUCAGCCCCAGCUUUCAAAAUCUUGGCCUCAUGAUUGAGCAAAUGAAGAAAAAUGGCAUGAGAUUUGUUCUCAUUCUGGAUCCAGCCAUUUCUGGCAAUGAGACCCAGUAUCUCCCAUUCACCAGAGGGCAGGAAAACAACGUGUUCAUCAAAUGGCCAGACAACAGUGAUAUUGUCUGGGGAAAGGUUUGGACAGAUCUGCCCAAUGUGAAUGUGGAUGGAUCCCUUGACCAUGAACCUCAGGUUAAGCUGUACAGAGCCCACGUUGCUUUUCCUGACUUCUUGCGCAAUAGCACGGCUGCCUGGUGGAAGAAGGAAAUAGAAGAGUUCUACAGAAACCCUCGAGAGCCAGAGAAGAAGCCUUCAAGCCUGAAGUCUGAUGGACUGUGGAUUGACAUGAAUGAACCAUCAAACUUUGUGAGUGGAUCUGUCAGGGGCUGCAGUGAUAACAUUCUUAAUAAUCCACCCUAUGUGCCAUAUUUGGAGUCCAGGGACAGGGGCCUGAGCAGCAAGACCCUGUGCACGGAGAGUCAGCAGCUCCUGCCUGACGGCUCCCUGGUGCGGCACUAUGACACGCACAGCCUGUACGGGUGGGCCCAGACCAGACCCACGUGCGAAGCUGUGCAGGAGGUGACGGGACAGUGAGGGAUCGUCAUCACUCGCUCCACUUUCCCCUCCUCUGGCCGCUGGGGGGGACGCUGGCUGGGUGACAGCAUGGCCGUGUGGGACCCGCUGGAGAAAUCUGUCAUUGGCAUGAUGGAGUUCAGUCUCUUUGGAAUCUCUUAUACAGGAGCAGACAUUUGCGGAUUCUUUGGAGAUGCUGAGUAUGAGAUGUGUGUUCGCUGGAUGCAGCUGGGGGCGUUUUAUCCAUCUUCCGGGAACCACAACACAUUCGGGACAAGGAGACAAGAUCCUGUGGCCUGGGACUGAAACUUUGAGAUGUCAAGAAAAGUCCUCCAGACCAGAUACACCCUGCUGCCUUACCUCUAUACUCUGAUGCAUAAAGCUCACGUUGAGGGCAGCGCUGUUGCCCGACCCCUUCUCCAUGAGUUUACAGAAGAUCGCACAACAUGGGAUAUAGACCAUCAGUUCAUGCUGGGCCCUGCCAUCUUAAUCAGCCCCGUGCUGGAAAAUAACACUUUUCAGGUCUAUGCUUAUUUUCCCAGAGCCCGUUGGUAUGACUAUAGCACGGAAUCUGGCAAUGAAUCGGCCGGUGAGUAGAAAAUCCUGGAGGCUCCCCUUGACCAUAUCAACCUUCAUAUCAGAGGAGGCUACAUCGUGCCUUGGCAAGAACCUGCGAUGAACACUCACUCCAGCCGACAAAAAUAUAUGGGAUUGAUUGUUGCUUUGGAUGACAAUGGGAGAGCUGAAGGUCAGCUGUUCUGGGAUGAUGGACAAAGCAUUGAUACCUAUGAAAAUAGAAACUAUUUCUUGGCAAACUUUAUAGCAGCUCAGAACGUAUUGCAAACCCAGACUGUACACAAUAAGUAUCUGAGUGACUCUAAUUCACUGAAAGUUGGAUAUAUUAGAAUCUGGGGCAUAAACCCUACUUACGUAACACAAGUCACUUCCACCUAUGACAACCAACAAUUCACAGUGAUAAAUUUCAAGAGUGACCCUUACAAUCAGACGCUAACUAUUCAAUUGACUGACAAGAUUAUCAGCCUGGAAAAGUUAACUGAGGUUGCUUGGAUUCACGGUGGUCCUAUAGUUUCUACUACACCUAUGACAAAUACCUUCCCAAUGAGUUCUUUAUAUCCUUCUACUACUAAGCCUACUACUUCUGAGACUAUUAACACUAGUUCUUCUACUUCAAGUCCUAUUACUGAUUGCACUACUGUUACUCUUCCUGUCACAACCAUGCCUUUCCCAACAAGUGCUGCUGAAGUUUCAACUGGUACUACUGUUCCUAAUACCACUACGUCUUCCCCUACAAAUACUACUGCUGAUAGCUCUAAUGUUACUCUUCCCGUCACAAUCACUCCUUUCCCAACAAGUGCUAUUGAACCUCAUACUGAGGUUCCCAAUACCACUACAUCUUCCCCUACAAAUACUACUACUGAUAGCACUAAUGUUACUCUUCCCGUCACAACCACUCCUUUCCCAGCAAACACUAUUGAAGUUUCAACUGGUACUAUGGUUCCUAAUAACACUACAUCUUCCCCUACAAAUACUACUGCUGAUAGCACUAAUGUUACUCUUCCCAUCACAACCACUCCUUUCCCAGCAAACACUAUUGAAGUUUCAGCUGGUACUAUGGUUCCUAAUAACACUACAUCUUCCCCUACAAAUACUACUGCUGAUAGCACUAGUGUUACUCUUCCUGUCACAAACAUGCCUUUCCCAACAAGUGCUGCUGAAGCUACAACUGGUACUACUGUUCCCAAUGCCACUACUUCUCCCCCUGCAAAUACGACUACUGAUAGCACUAAUGUUACUUUUCCUGUCACAGCCAUGCAUUUCCCAACAAGUCCUACUGAAGUUUCAACUGGUACUACUGUCCCUAAUACCACUACAUCUUCUCCUACAAAUACUACUGCUUCCUAGCACUAACGUUACUCUUCUUGUCACAACCAUGCCUUUCCCAACAAGUGCGGUUGAAGUUGUGAGUACUGAUGUUCCUAAAACUACUGUGCCUGUCCCUACAAAUACUACUACUGCUAGAACUAGUGCUACUCUUAUUACAACUACUUCUUUCCCAGCAAGACUACUGAUACUAGCACUGGUACUACUGUUCUGAUUAUGACUACUCAUUCUUCAACAAGUACUGAGGCUACUAGCACUAAUACUGGUCCAUUACAACUACUCUUUUCCUACAAAUACUGGUGCUGAUACUACUAGCAACAGUUUUUCUACUAUGACUAACUUCUCUGAAAGUAGAACACUACUGUUGCUACAGUAACCACUUCUCCUACAGUAACCACUUUUCCUACUGCCAGCCCUCGUAAUGAUACUCGUAUUACAAAUUCUCCUUUCCCUACAAUGUCUGGGGACAAUAGUACUAGUAAUAUUCUUUCUGCAAUGACUACCCCUUCUCCUACAGAUACUUAUGCUAUUUGCACUAAUGCUCUUUCUCCUAUGACUGCUCCUUUUUCUGUAAGUAUGAGUGCUGCCAGCACUGGUAAUAUUGUUCCUUCUGAGUACUGUUUCUUCUCCAAGUACUGAUGCUAUUAGUACUUAUUUAUGAGAUAACCUUAGGCUGUUGCUGUUUCUGCUAAUGACUGAAUUCACUUACAAAACUCUAACUCUUCUACAGACCAGAAAUCAUCCAGACAGAUGGGUAUGUAAAGAUAUGGCAUAGGAGAGACAGUCUCUGCCAUGGGAUCAGAGUUCAUAGUUUUGUUUGCUUUUUCUUUUACUUACCAGCUUUUCCUUCUUAUUUUACUGUCUAGACUCUCCUUUAGUGUGUUAAGACUUUCAGCAUGCUCUUGGUCUUUCAUAUCCAAAUUUGCCAUUUAUUCCUCAUCUAUUAUUUUCUUAGAUCACCUAGACCCCUGUGAAUAGAUUCAUGGUCAUAACCAAAUAUUGCCAGUUGGGUGCUAUUGAAGGCUUAACCCUAGGACAGUAUUUUGAAAAGGUAGUUUGGGGAACCAUGGGAGGCCCCAACACUCUUUCUGGGGUCCACAAAGUUGAGCCUCUUUUCAUAUUAAUACUAUAUUGUUUUUACCUUUUUCACUCAUUCUCUCAUUGGUAUACCACUUUCCAGAGACUAUGUUCUGUGGUGUCACAAUAGAUGAAUACAGAAACUGAUACAAGAAUCCAGUUGUCUUCUAUUAAACCAGACAUUAAACAGAUUU